UGAUCGAUAAGGAACUUUUGCAGCUAGAUCCAAUUCUUCAUGAAGAAAACCCUCGACGAAUCCGGUCUCCUACGGGUGGCGGAGCUCGUCCUGCCACGGCUCCCUCCGUCUGAUCUCGCCGCCGCCGCAUCCUCCUGUAAGGCCUUCGGCCGCGAGGUCGCUUCAAUCUCCUCCCGGCGGGCGUCAGACGCUUCCCGAGGCGUCGAGUGCCACCCGAUCCCCUUUUUCAACCCCACCCUCGACGGCCAACCCUACUCCUUCUUCCUCUACACUCGCGUCCCCGUCUUACCAUCUUCCUCGAUGCCUCUCUCGGCUCGGCCGUGGGGAGGCGUAGACCACCCCGAUAAAAGUCGCACCUUGGAUGACGCUUCUUCCAUGUCGGCGUUCGCGUCGCCGAUCGCCGGAAGCGAGUCCGGUUGCGGCUGCAAGGAUUGCUCUUUCGGAGGGGAACUCGGCAUCUGCCCGUGCUUGAGUCCCGAGGAGGGAGCUUUUCUGGCUUCCGGCCCCGGAAUGGAGCUGAUGCUGGAGUGCGGGGCGAACUGUUCUUGCGGAGAUGAGUGCCUCAAUCGGUCGACUCAGCGAGGUGUUUCGGUGAAAUUGAGGAUCGUGAAGGACGAGAAGAAGGGAUGGGGAUUGCACGCGGCUCAAUUCAUUGCAAGAGGGCAAUUUGUUUGUGAAUAUGCUGCCCAAAUCAUGCUAAGGGCGUGUCUGAGUGACAAAAGGCUUGCGGACGCUGAAAUCAAUGCUGCGGGCGUGGCCGAGAGAGUUGUGGCCUACAGCCGGCCACCCACUUUGACGAUCUGCUUGACGAGGCUAGAGGGACACAUGCGCUGGCUAGCGAGGGUGGAGCGAGUCAGACGACGGCUAGCGAUGCUGUGGCUGCUACAGCAGACCUGCCUCCCAAACGACCUUCCAUGUUGCCGAUCGCGGUGCUCUCGGAGCCGACCACAUCAGGCGAGCCUCUAAUACAAUGCAAGAGGCAUCAUAGGGAAGCUUCUUCUCGAUCGACCACUUCCGCUUUGCAAACUCCGCAUGUACCGGUUCGCGUCUCUCCUCCGAGUGGGGUGAAACUUUAUCACCCGCAUUUCUCAAGCCGGCGGGCGCCUCGAUCCCUACAUCUGUGUCAUCCGAUCGGACGCCUUCCCUGUCUGGGUUGUCGUUGGGGACUAUCUGUGUGCCGAUCAUCGUGUUCAUGCCACCGCACUCCUCGCUGGCCGCACAAGUGUCCACCAUCCGACUGUCCCCGAUGCCCAACUCCACGGGCAAACUAACUUUUGAGCCCUCUGGUCCGAGCGGCCAGAGGCAUAUAACAACCAUCAUCCACUUGCGCAGAAUGACGUCAACCGGACGACGCCGAGACCCUUUCCCUCGAGGACCAAAUUCGGAUUCAGGGGUCGCUAGCAUAGGUGUGGGCCGAUGUUAAGGCCCACGCGGUGGUCAUUUCCUCGGAGGAGCUCGCGGACAGCGACACUCCGAUGACCACUAGGGUAUGUAUAUUGCUUCUAGAUUUACUUGCUUGUACCCCGCUUGACACUUAUAAUCUUAUUGCCACCGCAGUACUUGGUUGAAAGCCUAGCCAUGUGUCAAAGGUUAGCUUUUUUGGAGCACAAGGUUCAGCAGGCUGCUUAGCUAAGGGCCGAUUUGCAGAAGUGCAUCGAGCUGCUGCAGACAUAGAGGAGCAAGAGUGUCGAGUAGGCUUCGCAACUGGCGGAACUUAACAAGCAGGUCAGCUCUUCUGAGUCGAAGAUCAAUUCCACCAAUGGGAAAUUCCGAGCCAUUGAGGACCUGAAUAUUAAGAACAAAGAGGCUUUGGUCUUGGCUCAGAAUCCGAAGGAGUCUGAGAUAGCUCUGAGUGCCGAAGGACAGAGCCGAUCGGUAGAGCCGAUCGGUAGAACCGAUCGGCUGAACAAGCCUCAGUGAAGAUCCAGCUCGCCGCCAAGGAUGCCGAGUUUGCCUCGUUAAGGACCGAGUUGGAGGCAUCUCGAUCGACCUUCAAGAUCUAUCAAGAGGGGGAGAUCGACCGGUUUGAGGUUUUCAAGCAUGAUUAUCUCCGCUCGGAUCCCUUCAACCAUCGACUCACGGACUGAGUGCUCCGCCUCUUCAACUUCGGCAUUGAUAGGACCCUCGACCAGUUGAAGGACGAUGACUAUCUCUCUACAGCAAUGACCAACAAGAUCAUCAAUCGGGAGAAGCUGACCGAGUCGCUACCAGACGACGUGCUGGAUUAUCUCGAGUGACCUCCCCUCUCUGCUUUGCAGGCCUCCUUUUGUACUCCCUCUAGAUGUUGUGUAAAAAUUUUCUAAGUAUUAAUGAAUGAUCGUUCGUUCGGUGCAUCUUUCUUCUGUCAGAUUUUGCAAGUAUUAAUGAAUGCAUCGCCAUUCGGCUCAAGUGGGAUGUGUACCACUUAGCGUUUGUGAAAAUUUUCCAAGUAUAAUUCCCCGCGAUCCCGAUCGUCGAUGUAACUGGUCAUCACCUUAGUGUGGCUAAAUGGUCAUAUUUUAGCGAAAGAUUGAUGUUUCUAGCUGCAACUUGACCUCUUAUCAAGUGUAUUCUUGGCUUGCAUAGUCGUCGAUGGGUUUUAUUUGUCAUCGGAUCGGGUUUAUAGCCGUUGCUCGGCUAUUGAUUUUGUAAACUCGGGUUUAUAGUCGUCGUUCGAUUGUUGACGUAGACAAGGGUUUAUAGUUGCCGCUCGACUGUUGUUGGCGUAGACUCGGGUUUAUAGUCGCCGCUCGGCGGUUGAUGAAGACAAGUGUUUAUAGUCGCCGCUUGAUUAUUGAUUGGUCGACAAAGGUUUAUAGUUGUCAUUCGACUGUUGACGAAGACAAGAGUUUAUAGUCGCCGCUCGACUAUUGAUUCAUCGAUAAAGGUUUAUAGUUAUCGUUUGACUAUUAACGAAGACAAGAGUGUAUAGUCGCCGCUCGACUGUUGAUUCGUUGACAAGGGUUUAUAGUCGCCCUUGAUUAUUGACACAGACAAGUGUUUAUUGUCGUCGUUCGACUGUUGAUUCGUUGACAAGAGUUUAUAGUUGUCGCUCGACUGUUGAUAAAGACAAGGGUUUAUAGUUGUUGCUCGACUUUUAACUUGGCUGAUCGAUGCAAGAGGCUUGGAACACUUGUGAAUUUUAUUCAUUGUUCACCUACAUUUACAGGACAUACGAUGAUAUAAUUUUAUCUGGAUUUAACCACGCACCUCUCAUCCGACCCUAUAAGGCUGAAGAUGGUUUGCGCUCUAAGGCCAUUCAAGCCUUCUCCUAUCCUCGUCCUGCAAGUAAUAGACUCUCGAGCGAAGCUUCUGAAUGACUCUAUAAGGUCCUCCCCAUGGAGCUUCUAGCUUGGUGACGUCGCUGAUCGACUUCACUCUUUUUUAAAGCAGGUCGCCGACCUGGAAUGACCUUGGGAUCACCUUUCGAUUGUAGUUCAGCUUCAUAUGCUGCCUGUACGCCAUGAGUCGGACGGCGACCUUAUCCUAGGCUUCGUCCACCAGGUCGAGCUUCAUGAAUCUCCGCUUGGCGAUCCCAUCAUCGUAGAGCUGCACUCGAUCAAACUCUACUCCGACUUCCACUAGAACUACUGCUUCACCUCCGUAUACCAGAUGGAACGGUGUGACGCCGAUCGCCUCUCUUGGUGUGGUGCGAUGGGCCCACAAGACGCUAGGGAGUUCAUCAACCCAGCUGCCUCCAACGUAGUUAAGCCGAGCCUGUAAUCCUCUGAGGAUUUUCUGGUUGGUGACUUCCGCUUGGUCGUUGCUCUGGGGUAGGCCAUCGAGGUGAAAGCUUGCACAAUACCUUAACCUUCGCACCAUUCCUUGAGCCUCUGUUCUGUGAACUGUCGUCCGUUGUCCGAGAUGAGCCGAUGAGGGAUGUUAACCGACAUAAGAUAUUUUGCCAUAUAAACUUGAUGACCAUAUGUUCGGUUAUCUUGGCUAGCGACUCAACUUUCACCCACUUUGAAAAAUAAUCUAUUGCGACGAGUAGAAAUCUUUGCUGACCGGUUGUCAUUGGAAAUGGUCCAACGAUGUAUAUGCCCCAUUGGUCAAAUGGACAAGACACUGUGGAUGUCUUCAUCUCCUCAGUGGGUCGAUACGGGAUGCUAUGAUAUUUUUGACAUGAUAAGUAGGUGGUUACUGUCCGAUUGGAGUCAUCCUGCAAGGUGGGCCAAAAAUAUCCCGCCAACAGGAUCUUUCAAGUCAGUGAUCUACCGCUUGAGUGGCUUCCGCAAGAUCCUUGAUGUACCUCUUGCAAGAUGUAUUCAACGUCCUCCGAUCCCAUACACUUGAGCAGCAGCCUUGAGAAAGCUCUUUUGUAGAGCUGAUCCCCGAUCGCAGUGAAUUGUCCAACCCUCUUCUUCAACAGACGAGCUUCUUCUUGAUCAGCUGGUAUGGCGCCUGGUCGGAGGAACUCUAUCAGUGGCGUCCUCCAGUUGCUCGGGAAAGUUAUUCCAUCCAUCCUAUCGAUGUGCGCCACCAGUGAGACCUGUUCGAUCAGCUGAUGUAUCAUGAUCGACGAUAAUGUACUGGCUAACUUAGCCAGCUCGUCCGCAGCCUGGUUGUCUGACCGGGGGAUCUUCUGUAUAACCACUUCUUGGAAGUUUGCCUUCAACUUCUCAAAAGCUUCUGCAUAUAACCUGAGUCGGGAGUUGUCUAUCUUGAACGCCCCCAGUAGCUGUUGAGCCACCAGUAGAGAACCCGAGUGAAUGAGAACUCUCGUAGCUCCUAUAUGCCGAGCUGCCUGUAAGCCGGCUAUCAGGGCCUCAUAUUCGGCUUCAUUAUUUGUAGCACGAUAAUUCAGCCGCACGGACAACUGCAUCAUGUCCUUUCGAGGCCAAAUCAAGAGAAUGCCGACCCCGCUGGCUUACCGAGUAGAGAAACCAUCUACAUAUAUUUUCCAAGUCGCAUCUGACUCGGCAUUUUGGAUCUCGAUCACAAAAUUAGCUAAGGCCUGAGUUUUGAUCGUCGUUCGGGGUUGAUAUUGUAUGUCGAAUUCACUCAGCUCGGUGACCCAUUUGAUCAGUCAUCCGGACGCUUCUGGGUUAAGGAGAUUUCUUCCCAGUGCAUUGUUGGUCAUCAUCACAAUUGGGUGUGAGAGAAAGUACGGACGAAGCCUCCGAGAGGCGAGUACGAGUGCAUACGUCAAUUUUUUUUAGAUUGGUGUAGCGGAAUUCUGUAUCUUUUAAUAUAUGACUUAGAAAGUACACGGGUUGUUGCUCAGAGUCGUUCUAGCGCACCAAUGUCCAGCCAACCACAUAGUUGGUGGACGACAAGUAGAUCCAGAGUGGCUCGCCAACGCUUGGCUUGACCAAUAGAGGUAAGGAGGCGCAACACCUUGAAGAACGGGUGACUCCGGUCGGAUGAUUUAGAGAUGAACCUUGAUAGCGCGGUGAUAUGUCCGGUCAGCCGUUGAGCCUCCUUCAAGUUGCGGGGUGGGGGCAUGUCCUGCAAUGCCUUCACCUUGCUUGGGUUCGCCUCGAUUCCCCGUUCGGUGACGAUACUCCUUGUUUUUAACAGACACUUAUUUAGGUUCAACUUUAUUCUAUAUGCCGUUAGGGUUCAGUAAGUUUUUUCAAUGUCUGUACAAAGGUCAACGACUCGGAGAGAUUUUAUUAAUAUGUCAUCAACAUAUACCUCCAUGUUGCGGCCGAUCUACCGUUGGAAUACCUUAUUCAUCAGUCUCUGAUAGGUGGCGCUGACAUUCUUCAAUCCGAACGACAUCACAUUGUAACAGUAAGUCCCGUCACGGGCAAGCAGCACUUGAUGGUAACCUUGGUAUGCGUCGAGCAUGCAGAUCAGCUUGCAACCCGCCGUGGAGUCCACCAUUUUGUCUAUUCGGAGGAGUGGAUAUAAGUCCUUUGGCAGACAUUGUUCAGAUCACGGAAGUCGAUGCAGACUCGCCACUUGUUGUCCGGCUUGGAGACCAACACGAUGUUGGCCAACUAGUUCGGGAACUGAACCUCGCGGAUGUGACUGGCUUCUAGCAAUUUUUCAAUCUUCGCUCAAAUGAUUUGGUUCUGCUCCGCACUAAAGUCCCUCUUCCGCUGUUUCAUCUGUCGAGCGUCCUAUCAGACGUGAAGCUUGUGUUAAGCUAUGCUCGAUGAGAUGCCCGGGAGCUCGUGUGUCGACCAGGCGAACACAUCAUGGUUCCGUCUAAGGCAGGUGACCAGCUCCGCCUUCUUCUCCUCUAUCAGGUCAGCGGCGAUGAAGGUGGUGGCCUCCGACUGACUGCGAUGUAUCUGGACUUCCUCCUUUUUCUCAUAGACCAGCGCGGGAGGUUCCUCCAUGAUGGCGUUCACCUCCAAACAUUGGAUCUUCCGUGUUGCUCUCACCUCUGUCUUGAUCAUCUCGACGUAACAUCGUCGAGCGGCCAGGUGACACCUUUGACUUCGCCUACUUCAUUGUCCACCGGGAACCUUAUUUUCUAGCAGAAAGUGGACACCAUCGCUCGAAACUCAUUGAGGGCCGGUCUGCUUAAUAUGACAUUGUAGGUGGACCUACAAUGAAGUUUAUGGUCCUUGUCCUCUUGAGCGGUUCUUCUCCGAGUUAUAUGGUCAGCCGUGCUUGGCCGAUCGGCAACAUUUUAUUGUUUGUGAACCUAUAGAGCGGGAUUAUCAUUGGCUGCAACUCACUUCGGUCAAUUUGCAACUGGUCGAACGCCUUCUUAAAUAUAAUAUUCACCAAGCUAUCUGUAUCAACAAAAGUUCGAUGAAUAGUAUAAUUAACUAUCACUGCCUAGAUGAUCAAACAUCAUCAUGUGAGGUCUCUACUCCCUCUAAGUCUCAGAGGCCGAAGCUGAUCUCGGGUCCCUCGGCCUUCUCCUUGCUGCAUCCAACAACAUGUAUUUCUAGUCGCCGAGUGUGCGACUUCCUCGCUCGGUUAGAAUCACCUCCGGUCGGCCCACUGGCGAUGAUUCCUAUCUCUCCCCAAGCGACGUUGUUUUGGUUCUCCUCCUCCCAAGCCGAGGUCCUAGUCUGCUCAGCAGAAGCUCGGGCGGGACUUGUGUUAUUUCUCCUUUGAGGGUGACGAUGGCGCCGCUCGUCCGCCUACCUGUCUUCUUCUCUUCGACCGGCUGAUUGAUGCCUAUGACGUCGAUCGGGAGAUGGUGACUGACGGCAAUAUCCUUGUGGAGUCGGUCUGCUUGCAAUGGGUGUCAGGUCGUAGCAGUCAGCAGUCGCGCAUGUUGCGUGUAGUCAACUGAUGGAAGGAGCAAAAUAAUGGUGUCCAUGACUUGCCUUUUGCAACUUUCAGACGGCUGGCUGCUACAUGCUGCAUAGCAUGUGUCCUUGGCUCCUGAUGUGGCUGUGCUGCUCCCGAUUAGGGGUCUUUCGGUGGUUGAUGGUUGGUGGUUGGUCGCCGUUCCGCGAGAGCAGCAUGCUUGGCAGGUGCUUCCUUACUUCGUGCCGCCUGGGCUUCCUCCACAUUUAUGUAUUCGGUGACUCUCCGGAGUAGAUCGUCGAAGUCCUUUGGCAGUCUCCAGAUGAGAGAGCGAAAGAAUUCCCCUUCGGUAAGUCCUUGGGCGAAGACAUUCACUAAAUCUCCGAGGAGACCGAUGGAAUAUCCAUGGCCAUCUUGUUGAACCGCUUAAUGUAGGCUCUCGGCGCCUCUUUGGGCUCCUGCUUCAACGUGAAUAGGUUAACACUUGUAGCGGCGACUACUAGUGAAGUGGUGUAAGAACUUCGCUCGGAAAUCCUUAAAACUGUGAAUUGAUCCGAUCGGCAGGCGUCUGAACCAGCGUUGCACCGAUCCGGAAAGGGUAAUGAAGAAGACCCAACACUUCACUCCGUCAGGGUAUUGAUGGAGUGUGCCCGCGUUAUCAAAUUUGGUCAGGUGGUCGUCCGAAUCAGUCGUUCCAUGUAUUCUCCGAUCGUCAAUGGAGUGUAGUGUCUUGGUAGAGGAUCGUCCAGGAUCUCCUGAGAGAACUGUUCGUUGAUUCGCUCAAGCAAAUCAUCAUUCCUUGGUGCUUUCCCUUUCCGUGCUUCCGGAACGGGCGCGUCGCUCGAUGAGGAUCCUCGUUCCUUGUCCGCUCGGCACUGCUCCUAUGAUGGGGUAUGGAACAGUGUCCGAUGGAAGUGGAUUGACGCGUUGGGCACGUUUCUGUAUGUGCCCGUCGGUUUUUUAUUCUGGCCUUGUACGGAUACAUGCUCCACUCGGUCCCUAUAUCCGGCCUGAUGACCUGCUGCUGAUGUCGUGGGCUCAUGUACCUGGCGCUGUGCGCCUGCUGUUAUUAUUACUCCAUUUUGACUGUUCAAGCUUGUAUCAACAUAUGAUGACUCAGCGUGUUAGGACCCUGAAGGAUGGUCAAAGUAUUCGUAUGGAUUGCAUUCUUUUGAUAUGUGGCAAAUGAAUGAUUUUAUGCCCAUUUUGAUUAGUAUGGUGUCCAAGGCAUUGUAGUGUGAAUUUGAAUCCCCCUUUAGUUUGAAGUGAAGGGGGUUUCUCCUAGUUGCUGCGAUGACAAUUGUUUUGAUCCUUUCAUCUUCAAACGAGCAUCCAAUUUAUACUCUUGCCAUAGAUACUAAUUCCUCUGGGUUAAGCUCAAGUCGAAAGACAGCUUCUAACACUUGGCAAACUGACUAUCAAGUUAUUAACUGAUAUACUCAUGUGAAAUGUUUAGGUUUUGGCAUUAGCUUCUUAAUUUCUUUGGGUUCUUGUUAACUUCUUUGACAUUGCUUUGGAGUUAUCUUU